UUGCAAUCCAGUGGACGAGCAAGACGUGUCGUGUUUCAACUGAAGCUUCAUCAGUCAUGGCUUCUAUGAUUCUAAUCACACUGCUGUUAGUCAGCGUUUCGGUUCAAGCUAAAGAUUCUGCAGAAACAGAGCUUGAAAAGCUGACCAGCGACAUCAAAAGCGAGUACGAAAUAGAGAGAGAAAUAAUCGAAGAAGAUCGGAAACAUGUAACCCAUUCCGACGACGAAGACGACGAGGAAGCAACAGGCGCGUACCAAGUUCAACGACUCAACUCUACUGAGCGAGAUCUCUUAGAAAAGGCCUUGAGAAACAUAACAGAAGAGCUUAGAACACUGGAAGAUCAAACAACAGGGAAACAACCCGACUCUAGCGCUGAAGAGUAUCAACAUUAUGUCAACUCAUCUGGAGGCUUUAAAUCUUUGGAUGAUGUUAGCAGAAGAAGGCUGGAGAUGAAACUAAGCAUAAACAUUUUAACGGCUAUCAAAAUCGUUGAUGAUGAAAUCGUCAACAAAGAACUAGGGUUGUCUAUGGAGAUCAGACAGAAACGAUCUUUGGAGCGCAAUUCGUUGCUGGCGGCUAUCGACAAAGAGUUGGAGACCGGAAGCAAAAUAUUAGGACUUCACAAAGACAGAGAAGAACAAGAGAAGUCUCGCGCUAAACGAGGCGUUCUAGAACUAUUGGCUAGAAGAACCUGCUCGCACAGAGAAAAUUUUGUAUCAUCAGUAUACCACAAAGCAAAAAACCUCGGUAAAACAGUUCAGGUGGGAGUAAAUGGCAAGAUUGGCAUUUACUUCACGGCUUCUGCAAACGUUGCACACACGUACGGACCUAGAGGAGAGUUUGGCUGCGCAGCGAAAACGUGUACCGGUUGGUCGACAGACAUUGGCAUUUCGGUGGGAACAAUGGCGGGCUAUUAUAACUACUUCAGUGACGUCAAUGGAGGAUCUGUCGCUAAAUUGUAUACGGUUUCAUUUAUUCUCUCUUACACAUACGGUACCAUUGAAAAUCUCAGUGGCAGAAAAAUUGGAACUCUGUCUAGAGUAGGUUUGGGUUUCAGCUUCACACUUUUUUCGUAUGCCAGAAUGUCCUGCGACUGCAUCAUGACAACACCCGAUUGCUCUCGAACUACCAUAUCAUAUCAGGAAAAAUAUUCUAAAUCUUGUGGCUGGUGGGGAUGGAGUCGUUGCGCGCGAUACAGGACAGCCUACAGGUACCAUCACUACUGUUAGGGAGCAGAUUUGAGCUCGCGGCAGUUUGAUGAAGAGAGUGACUUGCUGAAGCUUGAGUAGUUAGCAGUUUGACACGCGUUAGUUUGCUGUGACUGGUUGACGAUAGACUGGAUGCUCGGCUGGCUGCCGUUGUAAUUGUUGGUUUUUUCUUUUUUGUUGUUUGGUUGUUGUUGUUGUUGGAGCUAAAGCUAAAUACAGGUUUGGAUUUAGUCCA